AUGAGAAUUGGUAUCUCUGGUAUCUCCACAAGUGGUAAGACAACCCUCGCUAAUGCCCUUGUCAAGCACUUCAACUGUGGCUACUGCUGCGCUGACAAGUACUACAACAGAGAUCAAUCAUCCUUCCCAAGAAUCCCAUUCCUUGGCGAUAUGAUUGCUGAAUGGGACUCCCCACAAUGCAUCUUCUGGGACAAGUUCGAAAAUCAGGUCGAAUCAAUGCAGGAUGACCUCAUCAUUCUCGAAUCUUUCUUGCUCUUCUAUUCCAAGAAGGUUGGUGAUACAAUUGAUGGACUCAUCGCCUUAGAGUACGAAGAAAUAGAUCUUCCAAUUGCUCUUGCAAGAAGAGUCAAGAGAGUUACAGGUGAAGAAGUUCCAAAAGACUACAAGGAGAACCCAAAGAAGUCUGAAGCUCAUUGGGAAUCCAACUACUUCGAGCAGAUCGCUUGGCCAUAUGCUUUGAAGAAUCCAGAAUACAGAGAACCAAAGGAUUACAAGAAACCAGUCCUUAGGCUCAAGGCUACAGCUCCAUUAGAGGAUAACAUCACAGCUGCCAUCAACUUCAUCAACGAGUUGAGAGCUAAGACUGAGUCCUCUUAA